AUGUCUGAAAAGCGAGAGUCGAUUGGCUUGCCACCUCCGUCAACCAAUGGCGUCGAGCACACAAGACGUCCCGACUAUGCUCGACAGGAGCUUACCGUAUUUGUUGGCGAAUUUAUUGGAACAUUUAUGUUCCUAUUCUUUGCCUUCACGGGAACUCAGAUCGCCGCUGAGGCUCCUUCGGCGGACUCUACCCUACCCGAUGCCGCCAAACUCUUGUACAUCAACCUCUGUUUUGGCAUCUCCCUUGCCGUAAACGUUGCGAUAUUCGCAGACGUGAGUGGUGGAAUGUUUAAUCCUGCGGUCACCACGGGUUUGCUGAUUGCUGGUGUAGUCCGCUGGCAGCGGGCUAUCCACGCCAUUCUUGCUCAACUUAUCGCAGCAAUUUGCGUUUCAUUCGUAGUUUCCGCGCUUCUACCCGGCCCCUUACCGGUUGCAACCACGCUCGUCGAUUCCAUGUCAAUUUCACGCGGUCUGUUCCUCGAAAUGUUCAUCACCGCACAACUCGUCCUCGCUGUUCUUUUUGUCCCUGCCAGUGCUGGCAAACCGUUCUACGUUGGUCUUGCACUUUUUAUCGCUGAGAUGGGAAGUGUAUACUACACCGGAGGAAGCGUGAACCCUGCCAGGAGUUUCGGUCCCAGCGUUGUGGUUGGAUUCAAGGGGUAUCACUGGAUAUAUUGGCUGGGCCCAGUGCUCGGCGCGGCUUUGGGUGCGAGUAUCUUCAUGUUGAUUCCAUUGAUCAAAGGAAGGCGCUAUGCUGCAGAAUAA